CCUCCGCCUCUACAUAGUGUUUCGGUUGGUCCGCCUCUCUCCUCCCGACUAAAUUCGGCUGUUCUCGUCGCGAAACGUCCAAGUAAAGGAGGAAAAGGAAAGGAGAGGGGGGAGACUGGUCGCACUGUGAGAGGAAGAAAAAAGUAAACGACAAUUAAAAUAUUGUCACCGACCGUCAACGGAAAAGUGAAAGCGGCGUGGAUCGGCAGCGACAGUGCGGGUCCAUGUAGAGCUAGUUUUCCACAGUCUAUGGUGUAAACACAUUGGUGUAGUUGUGACAUUGCGCCGUGAGCGACAGAGCAGAGGGAAAGGUCUCCUCCCAGUCUGUUGACGGACAGAGUUUGGCUUCAGUGAAAGGAGACACGACUAGACCUGACUGUACAUUACCCCGGCCAGUGUUGCAUUGCCCAGGAUGUCUUCAAAGGCUCACAGUUCCAAUAACAUCGCUCAUGCCCGGCGGACGGUGCAGCAGCUGAGAAUAGAGGCGAGCAUUGAGAGGAUAAAGGUAUCCAAGGCCUCUGCAGACCUUAUGAACUACUGCAGCGAACACGCCAGAAACGACCCCCUCCUUAUGGGCAUUCCCGCUUCAGACAAUCCCUUCAAGGACAAAAAACCCUGCACUAUAUUGUAGUGGAUGCCACUUAGCCAUUAUGUGUUUUUUUUUUUUUUUUUUUUUUUUUGCUUAUUAAUGUUGCUGUAUUCUUUUUGUUGGGAGGAGAGUGAGGGUGGACUGUGAUUGUAUCAUUACCACCUGCUCUGUUAACAAUUCAACCAUGAUUUUCUGAUAAGCAGUAAUUCGUAAUGAGGUGUUCUGUGGCUGCCCCGUUAGCCUGUAUUAUUCACUGAAACUAUCGGCCUUAGUGACCUUGAGCUCUGACCACUAACGAGACUUUGGCUGCAUGAGUUGUGAUGGCAUCAGGUACGUGAUUAUCGACAUAUUUGAACAGCACUGACAGUGAUGGAUUUGGUCCUUCCUCUGCACACAGUCUCAUCUCCACUGGGCCGUGACUGUUAUUGCCUCUCUGUUUUGCCUUAAGUGGAUUCAUACAGCCAAAGUUUCCCUCCUGUCCUUUACAUGAUAUCAGUUUUCACUCGCCAUUCCCACCAGUAUUUUACAGUUUUUGUCCAGUUUAGAUCACUGAUUUCAGGGAUCAAGGUUUACAUUGAGCUUCUACUCAAAUGUUACCGUGAUGUAUCUUUGAUCGGGACAGUAACAUCUGGUGUUAAAUUAUAAAACUGAAGAAGGUCAAACGUAUUCUAGUACCCAUGACAGCCGCAGCAGCUCCAAUUGGUCCACGACAAUCCACAUCCCAUUUAAUCCGCUGUUUUCCUUUCUGUUAUUUACAGUAUGAUCACCAUGAUACAGUGUUGACUUAAUGAUGAUUUAAUGAAGCAUUGUGUUGAGAUAAAUUCCAUGUAAAGAUUCAGAUUCAAGCCAUUGGGAUAAAGUGACCCCAGUGCUGUGAUGCUUUUGGUGCAUGUAAGAUACAGAGUGAAUGAAGCUAAAAUGAAAAUGCUUUAUCACCUUAAUGCAGCAUAAAUUUUAUAUUUUUUGUUUUACUCUUAAGUGUCAGCUGACAAUGUUUAAUGAAGACUUUGGGACCAAGCCAAACCAAUGAUACUGCGUUUGAAAAUGUUCAAAUAUUUUUAGCCAUUCCUACUGAUAACUCUCUGUGGUACGAUAUUUUUAGGAUGCUGGCAUCACGGAGCAAUGCCAGCAGGUGUCACGCAGCACCGUGAGCCACGCCUACUUGCUCAUCACAACAAGUGUCUUUGUCGAGCGAAUGUGCACGUCGUCGUCGUCUUUUAAGUGUUUUUGGCGCAAGUAUUGUAGGCACAGGUGUAAAUGGUGUGCAUUGAUGAUAAAACCACUCUCCCACGACUCUUUUUCUUUUUUCUUUUUUUUCAUUUUAAACUAAACAGUUGUGUCUCUGGAGGUCUUCAAUCUAACAUGUCCAGCAUGUUGUGAGUCUGUGGGGGAAAAUAUCUGCUAUGGUAAGUUUCACAAAAAAGAAAUAGAUAGUAUAAAUUAAAACUUUCUUACACUCGAAAGCCUUACUUAUGUUUGACUUGUAUCAUGAUGAAUGGGAGUACUGUCUUUAAAAAAAAGAUAUUUCUAUCAAACGUUUUUAUCUGUGGGAUGAACGUGAUUUGUAACAAUGUUGUGCCAUCUGUUUUUGUCUACAUGUCACUAGCAAAACAUGUUAAAUUGUGUUUUCACUUACCUGGUGCUCCGCUUCUCAGCAGUUUUGCUAUUGUUGCCUUCUCCAAAGGGUACUUUCAGGUCUUCAAAUCAGCAAGAUCUAGUGUUAUUAUCCAACUGUAUUUUUUAUGAUUGUUUCAAACAGUCACUUCUUCUUACUUGCAAUAAAUAAUUCCUGUUUGCCUCUUAAGGACAAAUUAAGAUUACCACUGCCAUGUUAUAAUUUCUGUCCAUUCAGCAGCCUCAUAACAGCCUUAUUGUACUAUUGAUAGAUUAAUUUAACUGUCAAAAUUUGCAUUUUGAUAAAUGUCUUUAUUAAUAUACCAACCUUUGUAUGAAGACUUAACUGAAAUUAAUAAAGUGAAGCAUUCCUACAGUAUGAUACUGUACUAAUAUCUCAAUAAAGAUGUGUUGUGCUGCACAGUCAGAAGAUCUGAA